AUGAAUUCUGAUAGUAUUAAAGAAAAAGUAUCAAAGUCUCAAGAAAUUGAUGAUAAAAUAACACAACAUAAUAAUAAUCACAAUGUUAGUGAGAAAUUAAAAAAGCAAAACAAGAAGAAGAAGAGGAAAGAAAAGGAAAAGGAAAAGGAAAUAAAAUCAAAAUUGAGGAAUGCGAAUGAGAUCGAAGAUAAAGUGAUUAAACAAUUAGAAAAACGAUUAAAAUUAAAUAAACGAAAAAACAAUACAUUACCUAAGUCUUUUGUUAAUGAUGGUUUAGAUUAUGUUUUGGAUUUCUGUGAUAAUGAUAAUAGGAAACAAAUAGUCGAUAUGGAAGAACAAUUAUUAAAAGACGAAGGAGACGAAGAUCUUGAAGAAGAUAUUGCAAUGUUUAUUAAUAAUGAAGAUAAUACAGAAGAUAUUACAAACCGUAAUGCAAAGGAUGGUUCUGAUAAUAAACAGCAUGGAGCUAAAGCAAAGAAAACAAAAGAAAAAUCGAAGAAAAGAAAGCAGGAUGAAAUGUUAGAUUCAGCAGAGGAAAGUAACGAAGAGGACGAAGCAGAUUCAUUGUCAGAUGGAGGUACAGAUGGAGGUACAGAUGAUAUUGAAACAGAUAUUUCUGAAGAGUCUCCUGGCAAUGAUAGUUUAUGGGAAGAUAUUUAUGGUCGUACGAGAGAUAAAAAAGGUAAUAUUGUGAAUAAUGUAUCAUCUGCUGUACAAAGGAAACCGUUGGAAAUUAAACAGGAUGACGAUGAAAAACGAUCUAGACUGAAAAAACAACUGAAGGGUCUUUUAAAUAGAUUAGCAGAAAGCAAUAUGCAGUUUAUUGCUAAACAGGUGGAUGAGUUAUAUAUGUGUAAUAGUCGUAAUGAUAUGAAUACUAUUUUAUCCGAAUUAAUAAUGCAAGCAUUGAUUUCACCAAUAUUAACUCCAGAUCGUUUGAUUUGUGAGCAUAUGAUGUUAAUUACAAUUCUACAUGCAAAUGUUGGGACUGAAGUCGGUGCUCAUUUUUUAUUAACAUUUGUUAAAAAGUUUGAUGAAAUGUUAAGUGCACCACAUACUGUAGAAGAUAAAAGAUUAGAUAACUUAAUAUUAUUGUUGUCGCAUUUAUAUAAUUUUAAGGUUUAUAGUCAUCAACUUCUUUAUCAAAUAUUAAACAAGAUUUCAUCUAAAUUUGAGGAAAAAGAAAUUGAGUUAAUAUUACUCAUUUUGAAAACGGCAGGUUUUCCAUUACGGAAGGACGAUCCACUUGCAUUAAAGGAACUUAUAUUAAAUUUGCAAAAAAUAGCAAGUAAUACUAAAUCUGAAAAUACACGAGUGAAAUUUAUGUUAGACGUCUUAAUGGCGAUAAAAAAUAAUAAUGUAAGCAAAAUACCACAAUAUGAUCCAUCUCAUACAGAGCAUUUAAAAAAACUUAUGAAGAGUUUCAUACACAAAAGUAAAAGUAUAGUGAAGUUAAAUAUUUCUUUAGAAGAUUUAUUAAAAGCUGACGAAAAAGGAAAAUGGUGGAUAGUAGGAUGUGCAUGGUCUGGUAAUACAAAUUUAGAGGAAGGAAAAAAGGUUUCAGAAGGGAAUAAAGAAAUGUUCAAUAAAAAUAUUCUUGAAUUGGCGCGAAAACAAAGAAUGAAUACGGAUAUUAGAAGAAAUAUUUUCUGUAUAUUAAUGACAGCGGAGGAUUACUUAGAUGCUUAUGAAAAACUUUCUCGCCUUGAUUUAAAAAAUCAACAGGAAAGAGAAAUAAUAUAUGUUUUAAUGGACUGUUGUUUACAAGAAAAGAAAUUUAAUCCUUAUUAUGCUAUAUUAGCAGAAAGAUUCUGUGUUUAUGACAGGAAAUAUCAGUUGACGAUACAAUACAUGUUGUGGGACAAAUUUAAAAUACUAGAUAAUUACAAUGCAAAACAAUUAACGAACUUGGCCAAAUUUUUAAUUCACUUAUUUAUUCAAAAAUCUUUAUCUAUUUCAAUUUUAAAGGUUUUAAAUUUUGCUGAAUUGGAUAAACAAACGAUGAAACUUGUGAGGCAAAUUAUGAUUGGUAUUCUCCUUACCAAGAAUGAAGAAGACUGUCUAGAAGUAUUUGAAAGGAUAUCUUCAUCUACUUUAUUACAAACUUUUAGAGAAAGUCUUAGACUCUUUAUAAAUCAUUUUCUUAUUCGUAAUAUUGAAUCAUGUAAAUUAAUGGAAGUAGAGUGUACACUUAUAAAACAACGAGCGCAACAAGUUGACAAGGCACUGCUUAAUCGCUCUUGUAAAAUAUUAUUUUAAGGAUAUUUAUAAAUAAUCAUAAUAAUUAGCAUAAGUGUAAAUAAUUAAAAUUGUCAUAGAAAUAAUGAAGUCAAAGCUUUUACAUCAUGAAAUGGUUCUUGCGACGAAUUAAAUGUAAAA